AUGUCUGACUCCACAAUUUUCAUUGCUGUAGAUUUUGGUACGGCGUUCUCUGGAUACUGCUUCAAAUUUGCAGAUUCAAAACAGAUUAGGCAGCCGAAAUGGAAAUCUGAAACCCCCAAAACUCCUACCUGCAUUUUGUUUGAUGAAAAUGAAAAGUUCUUAAAGUUCGGUUAUGAUGCUGUAGUGACUUACACCAGACAGACGAAAAGGAACGAGGCAAAGAAACUCUACUUCUUUGACAACUUCAAAAUGAAGCUGUAUGGAAAGGUGCUGCACAGAGACCUCAUGAUGUCCGCCAAAAACGGUAAAAAAAUGAGAGCUCUGAAAGUGUUCUCUGAGAGCUUAAGGUUUAUGAAAGAUCACGCCCUGGAGAUGAUUGGAAGACACACCGCUGGAGUGAAGUACUCAGCUUCUGAUGCUACGUGGAUUUUGACGGUUCCAGCCAUUUGGAGCGAAGCAGCUAAACAGUUAAUGAGAGAAGCAGCUACAGAGGCGGGUCUGGUGACAGAAGCUGACACAGAAAAACUGAUCAUAGCUCUGGAACCUGAAGCUGCAUCUGUGUGGUGCAGGCAGCUACCAAGUGAUGGUUUUGUGGAAGGAGAUCUUACAGAAGCAGAGGCAAUAAAUGAAGUUUUAGGAACACAGUACAUGGUGGUGGACUGUGGAGGUGGAACCAUCGACAUCACAGUGCAUGAGGUGGUAAAAGAUGGUCAUCUAAAAGAACUGCACAGGGUUUCUGGAAGUGACAGGGGUGGUCAGACAGUGGACACGAACUUCAAGACGUUCCUCAGAGAGCUGUUCUCUGAAAAAGUGUUUGAUGAGUUUGAGGAGAAUCACCCCAGUGAGCUGCAGAGGUUAAUGUAUGAGUUUUCAAACUGUAAACGUUAUGAGGGGGAAGUGUUGGUGCAGUGUCCAUAUAGUUUACAGCAGAUAGCUAGCAGAGAUCAGGAUAUAGAAGACUACUUUGAGGAUAACAAUGAUGCCGUCUGGGACGGGGGACAAAUCAUACUGUCAGGGCAAAAGCUGAGAUCCCUACAUGAUGAUAGUCUCAGUAGCAUAGAGAGUCUGAUUAAAGACAUACUGAAAAACAACAAACUUAAAAUCGAUUACCUCUUCUUAGUUGGAGGCUUUGCUCUGAGUCCGUAUGUGAACAGCUUCAUUAAAAAGAAGUUUGGGAAGAAGUUUAAGGUGCUCUGUCCUGUUGAGGCUCAGAUGGCUGUUCUGAGAGGAGCCAUUACAUUUGGGAUGAUGCCGAAUGUAGUGCUCUCACGAAUCAGUCUGUUCACUUAUGGAAUUGGAAUCGCACACUUAUUUGAUGAGACCAAACACAAGGGCAAGCGCAAAUAUGUGACAAAAGAGGGAAAGGUGUACUGUGAUGUUUGCUUUCACUGUUUUGUAAAGAAGGACGAAUCUGUCUUCUUUGAUGAAGUCCGGGAGUACGUCGUCUCUCCAGUUGAGAGAGACCAAAGAGCAGCGUGUUUCCGUUUUUACUACACUGAGAGCAAAACCCCUGAGUUCCUAGAUGAGCCAGGAAUGACAAAGAUUGGGUCUUUAACCGUCUCAAUGCCAGUGAUCAAAGAGGGCAGCCCUCGUUCAGUAAAUCUUAAAAUUAAGUUUGGUUUCACUGAGAUGCAGGCGACUGCCACAGAUGUUGAUUCUGGUAAGACCAGCUCAGUCAAACUGGACUUCAUGUUCAAGUAAUUUGUCUGAUUCUAGAAAAACAAAAUAGCUGAACAUGUUCUGUAAACUGACAGGAUGAUUAAAUUUUUUUUAAAGAAUGUUCUGAGUAAGAAAAUUUUAAUUUAUUUUUUACAAUUACUUUGUAAUUAGUAUUUUGAUGAACAGACAAAAAGAGUCUAAAAUAAAAAUAAUAUAUAAUAAAAUCCUGGCACCACAAAUUAAGAUUUUUUUACAUUGUAAAUAGUUACAUGAGUAGUCACGGUUUGCCAUGGUUUCAGACCUUAAUUAGGAAAAGACCCUGCGAUAAAAAUCUGGACAUUUAAAAACUGAUGGCCACAAAGCAGGAGAAGAUUCUAAGAAGGUAGAGGUGUAUGUGAGAAAUUGAAGAGAACAGGAACUGGUUAGAUGGUUAGCUGGUUGUUGUUGUGGUACAUUGUUCUACUGGUUUACACUUGCACUUAAAUUGCCUUUAUUGAAGAGUCAUCAGAAUAAUUGCUCUUUAAUGAAGUUUAAAAAAAGUGAAAUACUUCUGUGUCAAAUACUUAAAGUGCCAAAUCAAACCAAAUCAAAACUACUUUUAAGUAUAAAAGUAAAGUAGUGUAAGGGGAAAAAAUAAAGACAUUAAGAAGGCCAUGCCCAUGCCUAUAGUGCACCACCCCCUCUCCUAAACACAUUUUUCUAAAAGCCAUAAUGACUAUAAUGUUAUAUUAUUAAAAUGUUAAUGCUGAUAAAUUUGGGAUGCAAUAGGCUACCUAGUGUUUCAGCUGCAUAUAUGCUGAUUGUUAUUUACAAUUUUUUUUUUUUAUAUUUUGUUUAGUAUUUACAGCUGUACAAUCAAUUAUUUGUUGUAAAG